AUGUACGACCAUCUGAACGACGCGUCACAGGCCUCUACACGGCAGAUGGGCGGUUAUAUUACACUUCUUCAUUGCUGGAUAUACGAGCACUUUCCUUCAGUGCACAGAUGCUCCGUUGAUGCUGCUUAUGAUGAGGGGAGCCCCCGGGCUUGCAGGUGGCUUACGGGUAAGGCUCACAUGACGGGGAUCAAGGGAGCCCCGUAUCGGACACGCAUGGAUGCCCUCACUGUGACUGACGUGUCCUGGAUGCCCUACGCUGAGCACCGGGGAGUCAGGGGCUUCGACUUGAUAUCGUCAUACACAGGCCAACUGAGAUGGGGUCAGCUUGUCAUGUACACUCGACCUGAGCGGGUUACUCGACAGUUUGACUACAUUCAGACCGUCCCUCCGUCGUCGGUUACUGAGUCUCUAACGAGUGAUGAGAUAGACGACCGGUGGAUCCAUUUUUCAGACCAUUUGGUAGGUGCAUGGGAGAUUUGUGUAGUUCCUAGGCAGGUGGCGCCAUACUACAUGGAGUGGUUUUUCCGGAUAUCCCACCCGUUUGUCACGCCUAUCGAGGAGACUCUUGAGUCGAGACAGCUGCCUCCCCCUCAUGUUGAGGAGUUCGUCGAGCCACCUAUCCCUGAGGUUUCAGUCGCGUCUGAUCUCCCUACGCAUUCAGUGCCAGAGGUGACGCCUCAAAUGACAGUCUUAGGCCGCGACAGAGACGCCCCAUAG